AGAAGAACGAGAAAUAGGAAUGCCGAUGGACUAUAUAAACAUAUAUGAAAAGUGUUGGAUUCCAGACCCUUCGCUUAGACCUGAAAUUUCAGAGAUAUUAAAUGAUCUUGAAAAUCUCAAAAAAUUACCAGUUUGCACAGCGAAAGAUAUUCAGCGAGCAGCAGAAUUCCCAGUAUUUGAUUCGAUUAUUCAAGAUCUACCUGAUAUUGAUUGUAUUACUGAACAAAUGCAAUUAAAUCCAAUUUCAACAGCUGUUUUAGAACAGUCCAUCGAAAUUGAUACAUUUUUGCCAGUAUUUGAAAAAAUUCAGCAAAUAGAAAGAACUAAACCGCCAGAUGAUGAUAUACAUCUCAAUAGAAGGAUAUGUAAAGUAUUGAGUCAAUGUAUCAUCGAUGCUGAUCAUAAUAUUAAGACACUUCGUAAUUUAGAAGAAAACCCUGAUAAAUUUGCAACAUUAGAGAAUUUUGUGUACUUUCAAAUUUUACUACAAAAUAUUGAAAAUAUUAAGAAUUUUAUGGAAAAAAUUUCUCAAAUCGGAGGAUUACAAUCCUUUAUUCAAGUUAUCGGUUCGGAAAUUUCAUUGAAUCAAUUAAAAAACCAAUACAUUGAAUUAAUAAAAAAAUUUGGCGAAUCUAUAUCAUCACUUAAUUUUGUAUCUCGGAUAAAUGGACGAAUUAAUAAUAUCAUCAAUGAAGAUGAUGAAACAUUCAAGGAUAUAGAAGAAACAAAGGAGUUUAUUCAAGCACUUCAAUGCAAUUUUGAGCAAAUCGACAUUCUUAACUUUAUUAAUAAGAUAAACACUAAUAUUCAAAAUGUCACCACCAAUUUCAAUUUAUUCGAUGGCAAAUCGUUGGAUUUUGUAAAAGAAUUUCAAGAUGGAAUUAUUCCAAAAUCACCCGAUGGCAAUAUUACUAUCGUAAAGCGAAUUUCAUAUGUAAAGGAAGACGUUCGACUGAUAACAGCUGAAUCAAGAAAUCUUGAUAUUAAAGACACUGGAAUUAGAUACAUAGCACCAGAAAUCUUAAAACGAAAUUGUAAAACACACACUAAAUUACCAACUGUAUUUAACUUUGUUAAAAAAUCCGACGACUAUAAUUUUAAGUCAGAAAUUUAUAGUUCUAUGCCGAAUGAAUACGUAGAAAUCAGUAAACAAGCACUUAAUCCUGUUCCAAAUAAACGUCCAACAAUAUGCCAUAUGUUCAAAGUUUUGUAUGAUUUAGUAAAGAAUGAUAGACUGAAGAAUUAUCAAGGAUGUUGCUUGAAACCUUCGAAAAAAGGAGUUCCAUUAGUAACUUUAUCAGAUUAUACUUAA